AUGGCUGCAGCGAUCGCAUCCAUGACUGCCAGACUUACGACUAAACUGUCGCUCAAGGAGGGAGAAGAACCAGUUGAUUUGGGGAAUCUCCGAGUUCCGGGGAAAGAGUUUUUGGCUCGAAAUUUCUACUUGGUAGAAAGGCUCAAUACUUGCAGGGGCCUGAUGCUGGAAUCAUUCUGGAGUGCUGUAAGAUCUAUGUGGAGGUUGACUGGGACCGUGGAGGUACAACCAAGGGGUGACCAUUUUCUGUUUACGUUCACCCAUGAAAGGGAUGUUGCUAGAGUAAAGAAGGGAGGACUGUGGGGCUUCCAACGUGCCAUGAUUCUCCUGAAUGACUACGAUGGGUUUUCGGAGAUCUCUGCAGUGCUGUUGGAUUUUGUUUGGAUCUGGGUUAUACUUGAUGGCAUACCUCCGGGUAUUUUGACGGAACCAACCGUCCGGUUGGUUGGUAGGACAAUUGGCGAGGUGCUAGAGGUGGAUCGUCCGGCGCUGCGUAGGGGCGAUGCUCGGGUCAAGCUUGUUCUAUCUAUCCAUGAUCUGGUGCGUCUCAAUCGUACUGUUAGGGUUUCUCCCUCGGACGUCCUAACCCUAAGAUUCAGGUAUAAAAGGCUCCUUGGGCGCUGCCACUCCUGUGCUAUGUUGAAUCAUGGUGGCCAGCGAUGCCCUAGGGUGGACGAGUUGGAAGUUGAUGCUGGGGCAGAGUAG